CUAUGGUCUUUAGUUCCAUCCAUUUUCUGUGCAGGGCAUUAAUGCUUACUCAAACUUCUCUUUGGGAAGAUUGCUUUUCUAUUUGUUGACACUUACUUUUGACCAAUCAACUUUAAUGAAGCCUUAAUUCACCAUUAUAUUCUGUUCAUUCUACUUAUAAUGAGGCAUCAAACAUUUCUUUCAAAUUUUAUUUUGCAAAUGAUAACAACGUACCAAGUUAAAAAAAAUCCUUCAGAGAAGUAUUGGGUAGGACACAUAGGUAGUAUAUAGAUAUUACUAUGCUGUGAAGUAGAAAAUGUGAAGUUUUUCAGUGGAAAAACACGGGUUAAGAAGACUUUAUUCCACCAAGAGGGUAGGAAACAAUAUAGACAACAUUGGGAAACCAAAUAAUGCUUAUAAGCCAUUGGCAUCUCUGAGAUUCUUUGAGAAAAAGGAGUCAACUUUGUUGCAGUUUUUGAAACCAAGUAUACCACCUUGGGGAUAUUUGUCAUAAAUUGUGUGUGUGUGUGUGUGUGUGUGUGUGUGUGUGUUACUUGAAGAAGGAGAUUGGUAAUGUGCUCUUGGUUCCCUUUCGUUUAGCAUCACUGUUCUUUGCCUCUGCUCAGCAGUGAGCCACCUCCAGCCUUUGACAUUGAAUCGGCCGUUCAGUUAAGAUAGGCAGUCUUCAUAUGCACAAAAUACAUGGGCGUUGCUAAGGGAACCUUGUGGAACUUUUCCGUUGUACCUUUAGCAGUCUGCAUUCUACUUUUAACCCUAGAACCAGAAAGUACUAGCUGUGGUUCUUCAGAAGGAGCUGCCAGUUAAUAACUACAGAGCAGUCAAGAUCAAGGACCGUGACAGCUCUCAUUCUCGCCAUGGCCGUCACUCAGUUCCGGUUAUUUAAAGUUUGUACCUGCCUAGCCACAGUGUUCUCAUUCCUAAAGAGACUAAUAUGCAGAUCUGGCAGAGGAAGGAAAUUAAGUGGAGACCAAAUAACUUUGCCCACCACAGUUGAUUAUUCGUCUGUCCCUAAGCAGACAGAUGUGGAGGAGUGGACUUCCUGGGAUGAAGAUGCCCCCACCAGUGUCAAGAUUGAAGGAGGGAAUGGGAGUGUGGCAGCACAGCAGAGCUCUCUGGAGCAGCUGGAGCCUGACUAUUUCAAGGACAUGACACCAACUAUCAGGAAAACUCAGAAAAUUGUCAUUAAGAAGAGAGAACCAUUGAAUUUUAGUAUCCCCGAUGGUAGCACAGGUUUUUCCAGUAGAUUGGCAGCUACACAAGACAUGCCUUUCAUCCAUCAGUCGUCAGAACUAGGUGACUUAGAUACCUGGCAAGAAAAUACCAAUGCCUGGGAAGAAGAAGAAGAUGCGGCCUGGCAAGCAGAAGAAGUUCUGAGGCAGCAGAAAAUUGCGGACAGAGAAAAGAGAGCAGCAGAACAACAGAGAAAGAAAAUGGAGAAGGAAGCGCAGCGGCUGAUGAAGAAGGAACAGAGCAAAAUCGGGGUGAAACUUUCCUAACACACGCUCGCCCGUCACACCCCAGUGCCAGUAGGAGAAGCCGGGACCUGCCGCCUCCACGGACAAGCACUUGUAUGGACUGGAGAGGAUUUCAGAAUACAGACACUGCUUGAUCUUAAUGGGUUCAUCGAGCCAUCCAGGACACCAGGAUUCUCCCACAAUACCUUGAACUGUCAAUAAUCAAGACUCAAAACACAGAAAUGAUGAGACAAUUAUUUUCUUCAACAUGUUCCAAAUAUAAGACAAUUGUUUGCUGUAGAGAAGUUAUUUCAAGUGGAAUAUACCAGACCAGUACCUCUCAAGCUAGUGUUUCUAGCUGAAUAAAGUGGGUGUAAAUAAUUUUAUGGUAGAAAAGUACUUUGCUAUCUAUUAUGCUUUCAUUCAUUGUGCAUAAUUAUAAGAUAAUUUUAAUAGUCUUUGUUGCCAUGAUCACUUGACACAAAUUAAACAAAGUUUAAGUGGGGCUUUAUACCUCCUUAAUUUUGUUUUCAGGUAGUGUUGAUGUACAUUUUCUUUAAUUUGAACUGGCAUUGUUUGGUACAACAUUAAGGAAUAUGAUUUGGAUUUUUAUGAAAAUACAUUAAAUGCAAUAAUUUUAUUUAUCAAAUAUUUUGUAUAUCCUUAUUUUCUUUUGGAUGGUAUUGUAAUGUUAUACAGAGCUGUAAUUUAUAGUGCAUGUAUAAAUGUUGAAGAACUAGGAUUAGUAGCUUUUCCCUUUCAUUGCAGACGUCAGGAUGCUCUCAGUGUCUUUAAGGAUCAUAGUUCCUCAUCCUCCUUGAAAGCCAUUAAUUUUUAAAUGCAGAAAGCCUUCAGUUGUAAUUGAUUUUAUGAAAGUGAUUCUGGAAAUUUUCUCUUUUUUAUCUUACAUAAUGCAGGGUAUCUAUAUUUUCAGCUAGAGAACAUUAUGGAUUCAUUACAAACAAAUUAUAAGUAUUUUUUGUGAUAUUCAUUGACUUGUUUAAAGAAAUAAUUACAUACGGUGUUUUAUGGGGAAAAAAAUCAUAUCUCACAGUUUAAAAUACCAUUAAAUUUUCUCCACAAUUGAAAUAUAACUGGCCUGAUUUUCGGUGGCUUUGAAAUUUUUAAAGAUGUUUUACUUUCUUCAAAUUUGUUAGCCAAGAUUAACAUUUUGUGGGUCUUUAAAAUGUCAUAGACAGUGUACAGGCCAAACAUUAUUAAUAUGGUUGAAUUAAAGCAAUACUUCAAGUAAAACCAAUAACUUGUACAUUGAGACUUUUAAAUUUUUCUUAGUCUGAGAGAUUUGAGUCUUAAUUAUUAUGAGUUGACUAACUGGUGGGAAGAGGUUGUGGUCACCAGACCACAUUGCCAGUUACCGUGUUUACUGUUUCUCCAAUAUAUUCCCAGCUGGGUAGAAUUAAACUGAGAAUUUUAAGAA